AUGAAGGAAAUUAAGACUGGCAUUGCCCUCUCCAUAACAUGCAGUACUGUUGCUGCAUUAAUAUGUGUCACGGUAACUCCAUCUUUCUAUAGCCUCAUCAACGGGAUUCACGAUGAAAUUAUGGCUGGUGUGGAUGUGUUUUGCUACGAAAUGGAAUCAGCGUGGACUGGUGUGAUGAACAUCCAAAUUCUUGUUACACUGCCAAGCAAACCGUUAAGAAAUCCCUUUGAAGAACUACUCCGUAAAAAACACGACUUCUACAGUCCUCUCCUUGCACACUGUCAAUGUGAACAAAUUAAGCCAAGCUGCCCUCCUAAUCCACCUGGUUCUCCUGAAGAACCUGGCCUUGACGGAUGUACUAUGGACUGCCCUCAAUUCAAAAACAAAUGCAUUAAAUGUCCAGCAGGAUUUCCAAGACAUCGCGGACCAAAAAGAGAUGCAGUUACUGGACAGGCUGGUCUGAUCGGAAAUCAAGGACCUCCUGGUGCAUGUGGCCCUGACGGUAAACCAGAUGCUCCAGGACGUGACGGGUUCAAAGGUGUUCCAAACAAGGUUGGCUCAAAAGGUCCCAUCGGACCAAAAAGCUCAGAUGAUGGUCCUAGAAAGCAAGGACCGCAAGGGUCCACCGGUCACCCAGGACCUGCGGGUCGGCAGGGACCUCCUGGCAAAACUGGUGAGCUAAAGAAUGAUGCUGCGUACUGUCCCUGUCCAGCGCGCAGCUUUACAAGAUGGUUUUAA